AAUUGGGCAAGUACCGGAAACGUACUACUUCUACCAUGUGAUACUGUGCCAUGGAUAAUUCCUAAACCUAAACGGCUAAACCAACAAAAUUCCCGGCGAAUUGGGCGGAUGCCCCGGAAAUACCGUUUCCGUGAGCAUUGUUUAUUGGCCAAACUACCCUUCCUGCGCACUUCCGCUUUGAGAAUUAAGUUACGAACUUGGAAUUAUUUACGCGACCAUUGAACAUAUGGAUCGACUGAUCGAGAUUGUUUGUUACUGCUUCUAAGUUCUAAACAGCAGAGAGAGAGAGAGAGAGAGAUCAUGGUGGAGGUGGAGGAAUUCAAGCAAUUCGAUGUAGUUUCUGAUUUCACAGAUCAUUAUUACUACGGGCCCAGUGUGAGUAUUAUUAGCAGUAAUGCAAGGAAGAAGAUAAUGCGAGAAUGGAAGAUCUUGGAGAACAACCUCCCGGAGUCGAUCUUCGUUCGAGCCUACGAAGGUCGAAUGGAUCUUCUCAGAGCUGUAAUCAUCGGAGCUGCUGGGACUCCCUACCACGAUGGCCUCUUCUUCUUCGACAUCCUCUUCCCUUCGGACUACCCGGCGCGGCCCCCUCAGGUGCACUACCAUUCUCAUGGCCUCAGAAUAAAUCCCAACCUGUACAAAAGCGGCUACGUCUGCUUGAGCCUUCUCAAUACUUGGCACGGCCACAAGAACGAGAAGUGGAACAGCUCUGCUUCCACCGUUCUGCAGGUCUUAGUAUCGAUUCAGGCGUUGGUGCUCAACGAGAACCCUUUCUUCAAUGAGCCCGGCGCUAUACAUUGGAGUUCGUCGACCAAGGCGUCGUCGGAUUAUAACGAGACGGCAUUCGUGUUGAGUUGCAGGACUAUGCUAUAUUUGCUACAGAAGCCGCCCAAGAACUUUGAACGCUUUUUGGUCGACCAUUUUCGUAAGCGUGGAGAAGCUAUUCUAACAGCUUGUAGAGCCUACAGGGAUGGAUUUGCCAAGGUCGGUGGUGUUGUUCAUGUUCAGAGUGGAGGAGAUACGGCAACCCCCUCCUUUGCUGUGUCCAAAGAUAUGGUGAAGUGGAUGGAUGACCUGUACCCGGUUCUAGUGAAGGCAUUUGAGAAAAAUGGAGCUUCACCGGAGAGUUUUCUUCUCGAACAAGAAGAGAAUUUAGAGGCGGAAACAGAAACAGCAGAGCAGAAGACCUCGUCCAGCUCUCGUGUCAUUGUAGACAAAUUAUUAGUACGGAGUCCAGAGAUGCAGCAGCGGACAUACUCAACAACUCCUCAUCAAGUGAUUGUAAAUAAGAAGAAAGACGGGUUCUUAAAGGGGAGCUUCAUUAGCAAGCUGAUCAGUAAGAUGUUGUGUUUAAAGUAGCAACAAUAGAAAAAUGAAACAAAGAUUAGGGAGAGA